ACCUUACACCCCCUUCGCUUUCCACGCUUGGCUUCUCUUCUCUUCUCUGCUCGAGCCACAGUCGCCAUUCCCCGUUCUAAAGAUGACCUCCGUGUCAACACUUAGUAGUAGCAGCAGAGGAAGAAACAAACUCCUCCUCUCAUGCAUCCUCUUCGCUUCACUCUUCUUGCUGCUACUAGCGUUGCCCACUGUGCCGAAACCAGUGGCUCACCACCACCAGCUCCAUGUACAUUCUCGCCUCCAAGCCACCGCCGCCGCAGACCACUGCGACGGCACCCUGUACCCGGACCUCUGCGUCUCCACCCUCUCUACCAUCCCGGACUUGCAUGCCAAGUCCCUCCCCGAGGUCAUCUGCGCCUCCGUCAACACCACCGCCGCCGCUGUCCGUAACGCCGCCAAGAACUGUACCAACUUCCUCCACCGCCGCGGCUACCUAGACCCCCGCCAGCGCCUCGCCGUCACCGACUGCCUCGACCUCUUCUCGCAGACCCUUGACGAGCUGGGCGCCGCCUCCGCGGCCCUUGCCGCCGACCCCGCCGCCCACGUCGACGACGUCCAGACGGUACUCUCCGCCGCCAUCACUAACCAGUACACCUGCCUCGACGGCUUCGCCUACGUGGGACGCGGCGGUGGCUAUCGCCCUGCCAUCGAGCGGCGGCUCUACCACGUGUCCCACCUCGUCAGCAACUCCCUCGCUAUGGUAAAGAGGAUCCGGCGGCGGCGGGCGUCGCGACCCCGGCGCGGGGCGCUGGAGGGGUACGGGGAGGUGUCGGAGGGGUUCCCGGCUUGGGUGUCUGCGAAGGACCGGAAGCUGCUGCAGGCACCGACCAACGCCACGAUCCCGGACCUGGAAGUGGCCAAGGACGGGAGCGGCAACUUCACGACGAUAAGCGACGCGGUGGCGGCCGCGCCGAAUAACACGGACACGAGGUUCGUGAUCUACGUGAAGGCGGGGGCGUACUUCGAGAACGUGGAGGUGGGGAAGAGCAAGACGAACCUGCUGUUGAUCGGUGACGGCAUCGGAAAGACGGUGGUGAAGGCUAGCAGGAGUGUGGUGGACGGAUGGACCACCUUCAGGUCUGCCACAGUCGCUGUGGUUGGCGAUGGAUUUCUCAUGCGAGACAUCACCAUAGAGAACGCAGCAGGCCCCAGCAAGCACCAGGCCGUGGCUCUCAGGGUCGGCGCCGACCUGUCCGCCUUCUACAGGUGCAGCUUCGUGGGCUACCAAGACACCCUCUACGUCCACUCCCUACGCCAGUUCUACCGAGAGUGCAAUGUCUACGGCACCGUUGACUUCAUCUUCGGCAACGCGGCGGUGGUGCUCCAGAACUGCAACCUCUACGCCCGGAAGCCUUUGCCGAACCAGCAGAACAUCUUCACGGCUCAGGGGCGGGAAGACCCGAACCAGAACACCGGCAUCUCCAUCCAGCGGUGCAAGGUGGCGGCGGCGGCGGACCUCAUCCCGGUGCAGGCCAACUUCUCCACUUACCUCGGCCGGCCGUGGAAGGAGUACUCGCGGACGGUGUUCAUGCAGUCGUACCUCGACAGCUUGAUCUCCCCGGCGGGGUGGCUGGAGUGGAAUGGCAGCUUCGCGCUGAGCACCCUCUACUACGGCGAGUACAUGAACCGAGGGCCGGGGUCGAACACCAGCAGCAGGGUGGCUUGGCCGGGGUUCAGGGUGAUCGGCGACGCGGCGGAGGCGAGCAACUUCACGGCGGCUGCCUUCGUCCAAGGCGACCAGUGGUUGGGAUCCACCUCUGUGCCUUUCAGUUUAGGGUUGGACUAAGCUUGCACGGUUUACACGACGUCUUCCGGCAGUCAUGAACGCACGCAUUAGAACAAUACGUUGCUACUCUAAAAGGUGUCUAACAACCCAAAGCAGGCGGAAGUUUUUGUCUGCCUCAGUGUAACACAUCAUUCUGCUUGAAUCCAUUGCCUUCUGCUUUGCAAGUUCGAAUAAAAUGCUCCGUUGCAA